AUGAUGGACGAUUGUUACCAUGAGGAGUUGAAGUACAACACCGAAUACUUGAAUCAGUUGGUAAGGGCGUUCUGUACAGAGCAUGGAUUCUAAACUCACUAUAAGGACUAAUUGAAAAUACCGCGUCAAAAAGAAUUGGUUGGCUUUCAGUGUAUUUAUAUAGUGAAAAAGUUCAAUUCUUUUUGGCGCGGCAUAGUUUUUUGGUUAUAAAUGUGACAAAAUACUAAAUUUGCUUUGGUUUGGGCAAGAAAUGGUUAGAAUAGUCCAUAAGCUUUAUUUUGAACUAAGUUUGAUCUUUUCCACAAACUUUUUGACCGAUGAAUAACAGUUUUAGGCCGCGUCAAAAAGAGUUGAUCAUUUUUCAGUGUAUUCAUAUAGUAAAAGUGAUCAAUUCUUUUUGACGCGUACUAAAAACCUUUCUUUUUUGGUGUCAAAUUUGAUCUUCUGAUUUGAACUUUCGAUUUUAUAAUGAAAUGACAUGUUUUCUAAGUAAUAAAUGUUACCUUGUAGUCAAUUGCGACCUGCCCGGACGACUAUGAAGAGUUUGCCCAAGCCGUCUCCAAUACCAACCUUCAGACCGGUCUAUCCGACCCCGAGGUCCGACUGCUACUGGAGGAGCAAGAGAAGAUCAACAAGGCUGUGAUGGCAUUGGAGGAGGUGGAUAUUGAGGUACCGAAACGAUUGGGCGUUUCUAUCAAUUGUGAUGGUGAAAAGUUACUGUACGAUGAUACCACGGCUUCGGAAAAUGAAUACAGCUACUUUUUCAAGGAUCUGUACCUAAAGUUUAUUCUAAAGUAGGUUUUUAGGUAUAAAAAUGGGUUUUUUGUGAGCUGUUGGUUAUAUUACUUUGAAUGUUGUGGUUUUGGAUUCAGAAAUGCAAGAACUUUCUUUAUAAAACUAAAAACGGCAAGAACUUUCUUUACAAAACAACAAAUGGCAAGAACUUUCUUUACAAAACAAAAAAUGGCAAGAACUUUCUUUACAAAACAACAAAUGGCAAGAACUUUCUUUACAAAACAUAAAAUUGCAAGAACUUUCUUUACAAAACAAAAAAUAGCAAGAACUUUCUUUACAAAACAAAAUUUUAAAUAUUUCAAUUUUAGUGACGCCGAAGGGUAUGUUGAAGUUCGAACCGACUACCCCACCUCGUAUACGGAAUGGGAAGUUGUGGCUCAAGUCCGUUUCUCGACUUCGACCAAUUUGUCCAGCUUUAAAGUGGUCGAUGGUGCUGUGUUUAGUUUUGGCAAGUACGACCGACCAGUCCGGCUUGAACUCGACCAUUCCGAAGGCGAAAUCAACGCUAUCAGGGUCGACAUGAGACUGAUUAGAUAUGUAAGGGUUUGGUUGUUCACAUAAUUAUGAGCCAUUUUUUAAAGUAAAUUUUUUAUUUUAGGGGCACAGUAUUAUUUGAACAACUUAAUACUUUGUUUUUGUUCGUCGUAUAACUUGUGACUCGCAGGCUGCGGAACUUGGGUUUGGCUUGUUUUAUUGAAAAAACGAAGGAACUUUCUUUACAAAACCUGUUUUUUGAAAAACCGUAAUAACUUUCUUUACAAAACGUAAUUUUUGUAAAAUGGCAAUAACUUUUUUUUACAACAAGUUUUUUUUUCGAAAAACCGCAAGUAAUUUCUUUACAAAGGUCUAAACGCAUGCAUCGUAUAAAUUGUCACCCGCAGGCUGCAGGAUAUGAUUUUUGCCAAUUUUUUGAAGAAUCGCAAGAACUUUCUUUACAAGUUUUAAAAGUCUUACAAAAUCUGAUUUUUUUCGAAAAUUUUACUGCAAGAACUUUCUUUACAGAGGUUUAAAGCUUUUUUUAAUCGUAUAACUUGUCUCUCGCAGGCUGCGGAGCUUGAAUUUUGUUAAUUGUUUUUAAAACCGCAAGAACUUUAUUUACAAUUUUCAAAACUCUUUUAAAAUGUGGUUUAUUUUGAAAGUUUAAUUUUUUUUAGAAUUUUGAAAAAGUGUCGCCAUCCUUCUUCCGCGACACCGAUGUCACCAUCACAUUUGACGAUGGCAAGGACGACAUUUACAGUUACAAAAACUUUUUGCAAUUGUACUCGUUUGGCUUGGCCAAUAUGAUUAAGCAAAGCACCGAGUUUGAUGCGUACGCCAACCCGAUUAUCCAUCUACCGGCCGAGGAUCGACCACUGGUCACGGAAUUGCUGGUCUAUUUGGGACCCAACAUCCGACCGAUCCACCCCCGAUUCGUCAAAUUGUGCCAUGCCGCCAAAAAGUACGCCUCCCAUACGGUAUUGAUUGAUGUGGCCAAGUACUUUCUACAGCAUUGUUCGGUAUGUUCUGGCGUUUUUGGUUAAGUUAAUGAUAGGGGGUAUGCUAUUGCAGGGUGGGAUGGUUUAGAGAACGGUUUGGUAGUGUAGGGUAGGGUACUGUAAUGUAGGCUUGGGUACUGUAGGGUUGACUGGGUUACCGUAGAGUAAAGUAGGAUACUGUAUUUUGUAAAUUAGGGUAGGCGUUGGUACCGUAGUGUAGGAAUGUGGUACUCUAGAGUUGGGUAGAGCAAGUUAGAUAACGGUAGGCUAGGUUAAGGUACUGUACAUUAGACUAGGGAACUGUAGAGUAAGGUAGUUCGCUGUAUGGUAGGGUAGGGCAAGUUAUGGUUCAGUAGGAUAAGAUACUGUAAGGUAGGCUAAGGUACUGUAAAACAGGCUACGAUACUGUAGUGUAGGGCUAGGGUACUGUAGGACAGGCUGGGGUUUUAUACAAUGAAAUAUUGUAGUGUAGGGUACUGUAGGAUGGACUGGUUUACUGUAAAGUAGGGCAGGUCAGAGUAGAGUACGUUAGGAUAUAAAGGGUACUUUAGUAUAUGCUAGGACACUAUGAGGUAAGGUAAGAUACGGUAGUUGAGGCUAAGGUACUGUAAUGUAGACUGAUUUACUUUAAAGUAGGCUAGGGUACCAUAGGGUAGGGUAGGCUACGCUAAGAUACGUUACUGUAAUUUAAUUAUUUUAGUUUGUAAACAAAGUUUCUUCCAUUUUUAGCCGUACAUGUCAUCCCUAACUCAACGUGUCACAGAAGCAAUCCACUGUAACCUUGGCGACGUUGUCAUUCCCAAGUUGAUGUUCGAUGCCGUCAAGAACAAGGAAUGGUCGAAAGUGAUCAGCCAAGUCAGUGAACCAAGCACCUUGUUCUCGGAAGAUGUCUACAACAACUUUGUCGCUCCAGCCUGCAUUCAAGCUCAGAAAAAGCGAAAUUUCGAAUUUCCGACCAAAGAACAGUUGACCUUGAGGUGAGUGGAAAGAAAGUUGUUGCGGAAUUUGUAAACAUUGGGGUUGGAAACAAAGUUUUUGCGGUUUUUAAACAAAUGUGAUUUGUAAAGAAAGUUAUUGCGGUUUUUUAAAAAAUGUGUUUUGGAAAGAAAGUUUUUGCGGUUUUUCAAAAAAUGAGUUGUGGAAAGAAAGUUCUUGCGGUUUUUAGAAAAACGUGUUUUGGAAAGAAAGUUUUUGCCAUUUUUUGUUUUGUAAAGAAAGUUAUUCCCAUUUUUUCAGAGCUCGAAGUGCAAACGACCCAAAUGUCGUCAAGUUGACUUACAGUGGAGUGACAGUAUUGGCUCACAAAGGAGUGCUACAAGCCCAAAGUAUGGCCAAGUUCGGUACUAGUUCUGAUUUGGAAGCUAGAGGUAGGGUUGUAAAGAAAGUUCUCGUCAUUUUUUGUUUUGUAAAGAAAGUUUUGGCCAUUUAAAAUUAAAAUAUUAAUUUUUAGAGUAUUACCCAAUCUUCAGCGUGGCCACCCGUGAAUACCUCCAGAAGCUUCACAUCAAUCUGGAGCACUUUCUCAACGAAUUCCUGGAUUUUGCUUAUUAUGGGAAGGGCGUCUGCAACAAGUGCAUCAAACCCAUGCUGAUCUUUGCUCACGACAAUGAACUGAAGUUUUUGAAAGCCAAAAUGGAAGAGGUAAGUGCUUGGAAACGGGUUUUAUUGCUGUUUUAAGAAAAUUUGGAAAUGGACGAAAUGUCACAAAAAUCCAAUAAUUUUUGUGACAUUUCGUAUUUCUUGGUAUUUUGGGUUUUUUUCGGUCAGUAAAAAGCAAGUAUAGAAGUAUUUUGUAGGCUAUCCAUGCACUUUUUGAAGAAUUUUGAAAUUUUUUAAAAAUCAAUAUUUUUUGUGACAUUUCGUCAUUUUUCGAAAUUUGUUAUGAUAGGGCUUUGGAAGGUUAUCAUAUGAAAUAAAAUUAAUUUUAAAAGUUUAUAAACAAUUAAAAUAUAUUUUGAUUUUUUUAAAUAAUCGAUAUUUGUGUGACAUUUCGUCUUUUCAGGCCAUUAUGGGUGAGCCUCCAAUCACGUCGACGCUGCUGAAGGAGCACCUCGUACUGGCUUCGAAGUACAAUUUGGAGAAUCUGAUGCGAUUGAGUUUGUUGCGAAGCGAAGGCCAUUAUCUGUCGUUGGCGCAGGCGCUGAUUAACAUGACUGGAGUAGUGAAUGAGCUGAGUUUGCCAACUAUGAGGAAGCUGGCUGAUCGACUGUGCUCGGGAUGGUCGUUGGUUGAAUGGAAGAUGGCAGAGCGGUAAGAUUUUGAAGUUUUUUGAAAUAGUUUGUUUUGUAAAGAAAGUUCUUGCCAUAUAAUGUUUUGUAAAGAAAGUUCUUGCUAUUUUUUGGAUUGUAAAGGAAGUUCUUGCUGUUUUGUGUUUUGGAAAGAAAGUUCUUGCCGUCUUGUGUUUUGGAAAGAAAGUUCUUGCCAUUUUUAGUUUUGUAAAGAAAGUUCUUGCCAUUUUUUGUUUUGGAAAGAAAGUUCUUGUCAUUUUAUCUUUUGUAAAGAAAUUUUUUGCUAAUUUUUGUUUUGUAAAGUAACUUUUUGCUGUUUUUCGAAAAAAUAGUGUUUUGGAAAGAAAAUUAUUGCGCUUUUAAGUUGAUUACUUUCAGCAAUGGCACUAGAAAGACCUGUCGCCGCUUGUUUUUGGGUCGCGGCGGGCCAAUGGAGAGGAUCCUCGAUCCAACCCUCGAAUCCUUUUAUGAACUGACUUCAGAAGUCGCGUUUGGACCCACUAUCGAAUAA